AUGAUAAAAAAAUAUGAAAUUCCUAUAGAUACAACAGGUUGUUGUUAUUCAGUAAGAUCAGAAAUUUUAGAAAAACCAUCAAAAGUACCAGAAGAAUUAUCAAAUUGGACCAUAUUAACUAUAGAAGAUUUAAAUGAAAUAGUUAUAGUUUGCAAUACUUACUUUAGAAAAAAGAAAAUUGCAAAUAUAGUUUAUUUAAUAUUCCCAGUAUCUGUUCUUUAUAAAAAUUUUGAUAAAAACAUUCAAAAACUAAAUGAAAAAUACACUUGCAAAGGUGUUAUAAUUAAAACUAAUGAGUAUAUAGGAUUUGGAAAAAAUAAAAGAAUGGUAACAAGAAUUCAUUUAGAAUAUGAUGAAGAUUGGUAUAGACACCCAAACUCACUGUAUAAUUAUCAAACACAAAAAAAUGAAAUAGUAUUACCGCCAUCUCACCAUAAUCAACCACCUGAAUAUUUUAUCAAUCAAAUCUCCUCAUCAACAGUACCAAUCAAUGUAAAUAAUACUAUAUCCCUAGAAAAAGUAAAUAAUAAUACAAUUCAAAACAAUAAUGUAAAUAAUUUAAAUAUUAAUCAAUACUCUCGUCAAUACAACCACGAAGAUAUACCCAUUGAUGUAGAAUCAUCAUCCCAAAAAAGAUAA